AUGGGGCUGGGUGGUUGUGCGGCGCGGAGGCUCGGGUCGGUGCUAUGGCUCAGGGCCAUCUCCCGGCUAGCGGGUCCCCCGACUGUAGCCCGGCCCCGACUUCGGCUGCUGGAGGUGGGGCGGCUUCCCGCGGGAGCGGCGUUCGGCCGGGCCUGCCUGACUCCCGGCUUUGUGCGCGGCCUGUACAGCGGGUCCAGGCCGGAGGAGCAGGCGGAGGGACCGGCCGGCGAGGAGUCGGGCGCAGCAGAUCAUACUGGUCCUAAGUUUGACAUCGAUAUGAUGGUUUCACUUCUGAGGCAAGAAAAUGCAAGAGACAUUUGUGUGAUCAGGGUUCCUCCAGAAAUGAAAUAUACAGAUUACUUCGUGAUUGGUAGUGGAACUUCUACGCGACACUUACAUGCCAUGGCUUACUACAUUGUGAAAAUGUACAAAUAUCUAAAAUGUAAAAGUGAUCCUCACGUUAAGAUUGAAGGGAAGGACACUGAUGACUGGCUAUGUGUGGAUUUUGGCAGCAUGGUGAUUCAUUUGAUGCUUCCAGAAACCAGAGAAAUCUAUGAAUUGGAGAAAUUAUGGACCCUACGUUCUUAUGAUGACCAGUUAGCUCAGAUAGCACCUGAGACACUACCUGAAGACUUCAUCCUUGGGAUAGAAGAUGACACUUCAUCUCUGACUCCAGUGGAGUUCAAAUGUGAAUAAAAUUUUGUGAACUGUUUUAGUCACA